AUGGAGAUAGCUGGAAAAUCUCCCGUUGCCAGUAAUAAACUGAGUAAGGAGAGAAUUGGAAAAAUAGUAUUAUGUGAUGUGGAAAAUGCAGAUAUCCUUCAUACUAUUGAAAUAAGAGCAUCAGUUACGGCUAUGACAUGGGUGGCAAAAUCCACAAGUGACGUAACAAAAUCCGAUAAUGAAAUAUACUUUUACGAAGAUUUAUCUCAUCAUUUUUUAUCAAAAUUGCCUUCCCUCAGUAAAAGCUAUGGAUCGCUAGGUAAACAGUCAGAAGAAAAUGUGGAAGAUGCAAAAAAACUUAAAGAUCAAAAUAAUUUAAACAUUUUGAUUGUUGGAACUUCGAAUGGAAAAAUUCUUCUUUUCUCAUUUGGUGUAUUCCCAUCAGGUGAAAUUGAUGUCAGUACUGAAGUAGCUAACAAUGUCAUGAUUGAACCACCAAAAAUAAAAUCUGUCUCGAUAUCUGAAGAUUUAAGUUUGUUGUGUGUGACAAUGGAAAGUAAAAAUGUUGAUGGUGAAAGCUUAUAUUCUUUUCUUUCAUAUGAAAUUCCUUUGAUAAAAAAUAAGCAUCAAGAAUUGCAAGUAGUUGCAUUUAAAUAUGGACAAAUAGCUUCAUUACAAGGUUAUUUAUCAUCUACAAUUCGUGCUAUAUCAGAAGCCUGGGAGGAUAUUUUAUUAGAAAUUGAUUCAAAACUUACAAACUAUGCUGAAGAAAAGUAUAAAAUGUCUUCUGGUAGUGUUAGUGAUGAUUUUUUAGAACUUUUAAUGUUUGGUACUCCAUCAGAUGUGUUAGAAAAAUUUUUGCUUCAUGACUUAACUGAAAAAGGUCUGAAGAAAUUAGGACAUUCUAUUGAACUUUCAUAUUCAAAUAUUCAAAAAUUAGUAUUGAAACAUCUUCAAAGUGUAUCACAAGCUUUAUUUUAUCAUCUUGGUGAUUUAAAAGGAAUGGCACAGUGGACUGAAAGAUUUGGUGCCUUAGGCUUAUCAGUUGAUUCUGUGAAUCAAGCUGUAAUGUCUGUUGCCUCAUUUUUAAUGAAAGCAACAGAAAUCCAACAAGUGAUUGACAACAGCAUGAAAAAUUUCAAAGCAUUUUUCCGUUGGCUGUAUGCAGUGAUUUUGAGGCUUUCUGAAGAACCUGUGCCUCCAGAAAUAAUGAAAGUCACACAACAGGAUUUAAAUUUUGUAGCAGAAUUUUUAAAAGAAAAUUUUGCUGCUGAAUGGGAUCAAGAGAAAAGAUCGACUUUUAGUCUAGAAAGAGUGGGACAAUAUUUAAAAAUGGAAAAUCUCUCUUUUCCUCCUCCAGUAUCACAGAAUCCUUGGGUUGCAUUUAUUGAAAAUCAUCCACAGUUGAAAGAAAGUGAUCUGCUGUUUUCUCAUUGUCCAGAAAAAUCAUUGGUACAGCAACAUUCCGAAGUACAGAAAUCCAUAGAGCAUGCAUUUUCUGAACCGGCAAUAGUUUUGGGACAUUCAAUGAGAAAAAGAUAUGAACAGGUUUUAUUUAAAGCAUCAACAUCCUACUUCAUAAGAAUCUCUCACUAUAGUUCAGUUCAGCAAGGAUUCAUUUAUACAAUAUUUACAGCAGAACCACAGCCCAGUAUGUAUAUGUAUGUUAUGAGAGAAUCACUUACUGAUCCCUCAGUUUUACAAGCAGUGAGUAUAUACUUUGGGGAAAUUAAUAAUACCAGUAUAGAAUUGAAGGAAACCAUGUCUCCACUAUCUGACAGGUGCAAGAGACACCGAAUACUAGAUGCACAAUUUUAUAGUGAGGAUACUGUGUCGGUGUUGCUUGUUGAAGAAAUUGAAGGUAAUUUGGAACAUGGCUUACCUGUUCUUGUUCAGUUACCUCUCAGAACUUUAGCGAAUGAUUUUCAUGAUAUUAACAUAAAUGUUAACGAAAAUUUGAUACAAGCCAUACCCAUAACAGUAGAUGGUGGAUUGUUAGUGGAUAAAAUGAGUUAUCGUCAUCUAGAAAAUAUGAAGGCGGCUAGUUUCGCCGUCAGUGGUUCGAGGAAAGUGGCCUGUGUUCUGUUUAGUUCCAGGCGACGCGUCCGUCUGUUUGAAAUGGAUGUAGAAGAUGAGGAAGAAGAAGAAACGGACAUAGAUGAAAGUGCUACGAGAGUGCAAGACGAAUCAAUGGAAUCACAAACCAUGAUAAAUACCAAUAUAAAUACAAAUGAUGCUGAUGAAGAUAAAGAAAAUAGUUACUAAUGUUUCUUAGAUCACUCUACCAGUCUGUGUUCAUUGCAAUAAAUGUAGUCACUCCACUACUUAAGUGAUUUACACAAGAAGAUUGUUUUAUCUAUGAAUGUAUUAUAUUGAAGAAACUUGAAAAUUUUAUUUAUGUAAUUUAUUUUAUACUAAACUUACUGCAUUUACACACAUUCCAAUAAUUGAAAUGAAAAAUAACAUUUGAAUGUUUUGCUAUCUAUGGUGCUUAAGUCAAAGUUUUUUGACAAUAAUCUAUAUAAUCAGCCUCAAUAUUAUAACUGUAUAUAUUUUAAUAAUUUUUAUAGAUAUAUGCCUUUUUGAAUUGGCAUUAAAACUACUGUUUAAAUUGAUAUUCAUUUGAAAAAUCAUAGUGUUUAUAUGCAGUUUUUCAUUUUACCGAACAGUUGUAAAAUUUAAAAAUGAUAUACACAAUUAAUUUUGUAAUUAUAAACAUUUUAAGAAUGCUUUCAAGUUUGCAGAAGGAAUUAUGUGAUAAGAAAAAAGAACAUAAUGCUUUUGUAGCAAGUGCAAAUUGAAAUUAAAUAAAAAUUAUUUUGAGAUUGCUUAAUGUUUGCUUAUUUUUGUCACAAAGAAUGAAGGCUGGUGUGUGAUUAAAUACUCAAAUAUUUUAAGAAAGUCUUUAUUUAAAUAUGUAGAAUAAACCAGAACACAGAUAUUGGAACAAAUACUCUCAUUUAGUUAUCAUUUUAGUUUAUACAAAAGGAAUGAUCAUGUAAACAUAAAUCUUGAUUCAUGAUUUUUCUCUCUUCAAACUUGAUCUCUGGAAUAG